AGGAAAUUUCCGACGCUGGAGAACCUUCGUCGCCUGCUCUUUCUGCUCUCUCACUCUUAUCUCUCUGUUUCUCCCAUCCAAUUUCUUCUCCUCCUCUGAGUCUCUCACUCUUUCACGGUGCUGCUCUCAUGUCCUCACUCCUCCGCAUUCGGGCGCCACUCUCCUCUGCUCUCACCCAUCUCUCUCUUCGCUGCUUCUCUACUGCUUUUUCCUAUGGCACGGACGGGAAGAGCGUCGAAGCUUCACUGGAAACGAGCCCUAGUUUCAUACACCCAGCUGCGAUCGUUCACCCAGAUGCUGUAAUCGGUCAGGGUGUUUCAGUUGGUCCUUUUUGUACUGUAGGAUCCUCUGCAAAGCUUGGGAAUGGUUGUCAACUAUAUCCUGGAAGUCAUAUAUUCGGAAAUACAGAACUGGGGGAGCACUGCAUUUUGAUGCCUGGUGUCGUGCUUGGAGAUGAUCUUCCAGGGCAAACAAUCAUUGGAAACAACAACAUUAUAGGGCAUCACGCUGUGGUAGGCCUGAAAUGCCAAGACAUGAAAUACAAGCUAGGUGAGGAAUGCUUCCUUGAUAUUGGUAACAACAAUGAUAUCAGAGAAUAUACUUCUAUCCAUCGAUCUUCAAAAUCAAGUGAAAAAACGGUUAUUGGUGAUAAUAAUCUUAUUAUGGGCUCUUGUCAUAUUGCCCAUGACUGCAAAGUGGGUAACUGCAACAUUUUUGCAAACAAUACUCUUCUAGCAGGUCAUGUUGUUGUAGAAGAUUAUGCUCACACUGCAGGGGGCACUGUUGUUCAUCAAUUUUGCCAUGUUAGCUCAUUUUCUUUCGUUGGGGGUGGUUCUGUGGUUUCACAGGACGUACCAAAGUACAUGAUAGUGGCUGGAGAAAGAGCUGAGCUCCGUGGUCUGAAUCUGGAAGGCCUCCGACGUUGUGGAUUCUCGAGCACAGAGAUUAAGAGCUUGAGAACAGCUUACCGGAAGAUAUUCAUGGCUAUCAAUGCAAAUUCAGAUGGUAUUGAGGGCCGUCUCUCUGACGUGGAGCAGCAUGAAGAAUUGGCUCAAGUUCCUGCUGUUUGUUCCAUGGUGCAAUCUAUUCGUGAUUCUUUCGCAGAAAACCGUCGUGGAAUCUGCAAGUUCAGACAUUGGAGUCGCUCUUGAUGUAAUGCUGUACAGUUUAGUGUAGAGAUUGCAGAAGGUGGAGUCAUCGGUAGCUACCAACCCAACUGCUUUCAUUGACGUUGGAGACCGGCGGCUACAAACUCUACCCACCAUGAUGAAAUUAAGCUACCUAAUUUUGACUUCCACCCCCUAUCCAUGGCUAUAAAUGAGAUGUGUGUGUGAAAUUGUGUUGUAGUGUUGUGCGCAGAAUAGUGUAUGCAGAAGGUGUGAGGAAUAGAGUGUUGUGUGAGAGAGAGAGAGAGUUGAGUUGAGAGCAGUAGCUUCCUUCUCAUUGUAAUUAUUCUCCCAGUGAUUAGUGAGAUUGGUGUGUUCCGUGGACGUAGGUCAGAUUAGACCGAGUCACGUAAA